AAUCAAAAUCUCAUUAAGAAAAAUGGGAAAAUCUAGGUCUUCCAUGGCCUAUCUCAUUGUCGCGGUUUUGGUGGCAACUCUGAGUUUGCCAUCGGCGAUCGCUACUGAUUAUGUCUACGCUUCUCCCCCGCCUUCUUAUUAUGCUUACAAUUCACCUCCUCCUCCUGUCUACUAUUCUCCGCCACCAUCGAAGGUGAAGUAUGAGUACAAAUCUCCACCACCUCCGGUUUACUAUUCUCCUCCACCACCGGUUUAUCACUCUCCACGCCCUCCAGUUUAUUAUUCUCCUCCCCCAGCCAAAAAGUAUGAGUAUAAA